GUCUGCUGGGCCGGGAGGGGCAGGGCUGUGGGUCGGCGUCGCGCAGUCCGUGGUGUCGCGGCCGGGUCGCUCUUCACGCCUCACUGCGGCGUCGCGUCGAGUCCCCGAGAGCUCGGCGGGGUGUGGGGAGGUCCUUUACAUUCAACAGCCACUUGGACAUCUCCCCCAGGAUGUUCUCAAGGUUACAAGAAUUAAAUUCUGAGUAAGCCUACAGGUAGGAUGGACAGUUACUUUAAAGCAGCUGUCAGUGACUUGGACAAACUUCUUGAUGAUUUUGAGCAGAACCCAGAUAAACAAGAUUAUCUCCAAGAUGCACAGAAUGUAUAUGCUUCUAACCACUGUUCAGUUUCUUCAGAGCUGGCUUCUCCGCAGCUAGCUUUACUGUUGCCAAAGGACCAAAGAUGCAUUGGUAGUUGUGCCUCAUCAGAAACAGGCUAUGAAGCAAAUGAGACUUUCCUCAACAAGAAGACACAUGAGGGGCUAACUUCUAGACAGAAUGAAAAAAACGUAACAGGACUAGAUCUUCUUUCUUCUGUAGAUGCUAGUACUUCAGAUGAAAUCCAGCCUUCAUGUAUGAGAAGAUGUAGUAAACCUGUCUGUGACCUGAUAAGUGACAUGGGUAACUUAGUACAUGCCACCAAUAGUGAAGAAGACAUUAAAAAGUUAUUGCCAGAAGACUCUAAGUCUAGUGGAGAUGCUUUGAUUGCAUUGGAUUUAUCUUCAGUUUCAGAUACUCUCACUGUUUCUUCUCUAGACCAUGGUAGUAAUGCUGUUGGAGAAGAACAGAAUGACAUCAACUGUGACCUAAAAAACAGAGAUGUUAGUAGGAUUAAAGAAUUGGGUUUAAAAGUAGACACAGCACUUUCUGAUUCUUGUAAAUAUAGUGGAACAGAAAAUUUAAAGGAUGAAAAGGUCUCUAAUGAGUUAGAAACAAUUGAUUUUGACAUUUUAUCUGCUUUGACUGAACAAAGUUCUGAAACAUCUAAUAAGAGGCUACCAUGUGAAGUUUUAAAAGACGAUGGCUAUUUGGCAGAAGAGAGAGUGGAUGUAUCAGUCAUAAAUACAGAGUGUGUAGAAGAAGGAGAUAACACAACUGCUAUGCCUUACAAUCUUCCAGAAAAUCAAGGGAUAUGCCUAAGUGACACAAAUUCAAAAGAUGAAAACUUCAAGUUACUUGACUCUUCCUUCCAGGAAAACAGAACUGCUGUGUUUAUGAAACAAUCUCUAAAAAAAGACUCAAGAAAUUUAGACCUUAAAGAUAAUAAUGAUAUAGUCCAGAUUUCUUCUUCAUCUUUACAUGUUUCAAGGGAAGAUGUACCCUCUUCACUUUCCUGUUUUUCAUCGUCUGAAUUUUUGUGUGGACCGUUAAUUGAUAAUAAUGUGCAUGGUGAUUUUUUACCUCCUGAUGAGUCUAAAGAUCAGAAAGAUGUAAUGGCUGUCCUUAAAGAUAUACAGAGGAAUGCUGUUUUAGAUGGGGAACUCUCUAGGGAGGCAGAUCUUUUGAAAGAGGAAAAGUGUAAAAGCAUAUUUCUUCAUCCAGUAAAGGAAAAGGAGGAAGAUGGGAAGCUUGAACCUGAGCAGAUGGUAAUCCCUGGUGAGUCUUUGGAGUCCCCUGAGGAUACCAGCUCUUCUGCAGCUGCAGAGUCUCAACUGGCACUGUGUGCUUCGAAUGCCCCAGAGUCUCCUGAUGGAUGCGAAGGUCUUACCUUUGCCAGCAGUGAUAUGGAUGGGCAGGAGUUAGAUUACUUCAAUAUUGAUGAAAGCAUAAGAAGUGGCACAUUAAUCAGUGAUGCUGAACUUGAUGCUUUCCUAAAGGAACAGUGUCUUCAGAACUCUAACACAGUGUCUUUUGAAGAAAGUGUAAAUGAUUCACAGUCUCAGAUGAAUCAGAUGGAUAUGAAAGGAUUAAAUGAUGAAAAUGCCAGUGAUACAUAUUUCAAUGCUGAAGCUGGAGCUGCUGUUGAAAACGGUGGUAUUGUGAUUUGUGAAACAAUUGAUAAAGAAAACACAGUGGAAAAUGGUGGUCCUUUUGCAGAAAGUACAGUUCCAACCAGUAAGUCUGACAUAGUGAACAGAUUGCUAGUCCCUAGUAUUAACACCCAAGCUGUUGGAGGGGCCAGACCUAAGCAAUUGCUUAGCCUUCCACCAGUAACAAGUUCUUCAAAGGAAAUGAACAAGCCAGACAUCCAAGAUGUGCCAGAGAGUGAGGCAAGCAUGGCAGAUGCCGUUGCUGUGUCCACUCACUCUGCUGACCACACACCUGAUUCUCAGGUUAGCUUCAACUCCAAUUACAUUGACAUAGAAAGUAAUUUUGAGGGUGGAUCUGGUUUUGUAACUGCAAACAAGGAUUCUCCGCCUGAAAACAUUUGCAAAGAAGGCUUGGUUUUGGGCCAGAAACAACCUGCUUGGGUUCCUGAUUCAGAAGCUCCAAACUGUAUGAACUGCCAAGUCAAAUUCACUUUUACAAAACGGCGACACCACUGCCGAGCUUGUGGGAAAGUAUUUUGUGGUGUCUGUUGUAGCAGGAAAUGUAAGCUUCAGUACCUAGAAAAGGAAGCAAGAGUAUGUGUAGUCUGCUAUGAGACUAUUAAUAAAGCUCAGGCAUUUGAAAGGAUGAUGAGUCCCAGUGGUUCUUGUCUUAAGUCUAAUCAUUCUAAAGAUUGUGUCACCACCCAGCCACUUCAGGAGACCCACACAUCCAGCAUACCUUCACCUACAACUUUGCCCACCUCAGCACUGAAACAACCAAAUGUUGAAGGGCUGGGCUCCAAAGAACAGAAGAGAGUGUGGUUUGCAGAUGGCAUACUGCCAAAUGGUGAAGUUGCUGAUACAACGAAACUAUCAUCUGGAAGUAAAAAAUGUUCUGAUGACUUUAGUCCUGUCUUACCUGAUGUGCCCACAAUUAUAAAUACAGUGGAUCAUACCCAUUCUACUCUAGUGGAAAAAUCAAACCACGAAAUAGGAGAUAUUACAAGACCUGAGAUAACUCCAAGUCCUGUUUCUCAUGUUACACCUGUGGGAAAACUGCCUCUGAGCACAGGCCCUGAAGGCUUGCCCAUGCCUGGCCCUUUCACACUAGAAGAUGAUGUUUUUGUGGACAGUGAGGAGCCAUCUGCUGCUGCUGCUGUGCCUGCUCAUCCUGGUUUCCCUGUUGCUAAUGUCUCAGACUACAGGGCAUUGUGUGGCAUUGCCACACGUGUCUGUAACAAGAUUAGUCUUCUGCCUGAAGGUGAGGUUGGUUUGCCUCCCCUCCUGACCACAUCUGGAGAAGAAGGAUCAGUGCCUGUAGUACAAGAACACCCAUCUCAUGAGCAGAUCAUUUCGCUUCUUGAAGGUGAAAGAUUUCCUCCUGCAACAUUUGUUCUAAAUGCUAACCUGCUUGUGAAUGUCAAGUUAGUAUUUUAUGCCUCAGAUAAAUAUUGGUACUUCUCAACGAAUGGAUUGCAUGGCUUGGCACAGGCAGAAAUUAUUAUCCUGUUGCUAUGUUUGCCAAAUGAGGAUACAGUUCCUAAGGACAUCUUUAGACUGUUCAUCACCAUAUACAAGGAUGCUUUAAAAGGAAAGUACAUAGAAAACUUGGACAGUCUGACCUUUACUGAGAGUUUUCUCAAUAGCAAGGAUCAUGGAGGGUUCCUGUUUAUUACACCUACCUUUCAGAAGCUUGACGACCUCCCAGUACCAAGGAGUCCUUUUCUCUGUGGUAUUCUCAUCCACAAACUGGAGAUUCCAUGGGCAAAGGUUUUCCCUAUGCGCUUAAUGUUGAGACUGGGAGCAGAAUACAAAGCAUAUCCUGCUCCUCUAACAAGUGUCAGAGGCAGAAAACCUCUUUUUGGAGAAAUAGGACACACUAUAAUGAACUUACUUGUUGAUCUUCGAAAUUACCAGUAUACAUUGCAUAACAUCGAUCAGCUGUUGAUUCAUAUGGAAAUGGGAAAAAGCUGUAUAAAAAUACCCAGGAGAAAGUACAAUGAUGUAAUGAAGGUAAUAAAUUCUUCUAACGAGCAUGUCAUCAGCAUUGGAGCUAGUUUUAGUACGGAAGCAGAUUCUCAUCUGGUAUGUGUACAAUGUGAUGGAGUUUACCAAACUCAGGCCAAUAGUGCUACUGGCCAGCCAAGGAAAGUGACAGGAGCAAGUUUCGUGGUAUUCAACGGUGCGCUGAAAACAUCUUCAGGAUUUCUUGCCAAGUCCAGCAUAGUUGAAGAUGGCUUAAUGGUACAAAUAACUCCAGAGACCAUGGAUGGCUUACGGCUGGCUUUACGAGAGCAAAAGGACUUUAAGAUUCCUUGUGGGAAAGUUGAUGCAGUAGACCUAAGAGAGUGCGUGGACAUCUGUUGGGUAGAUUCGGAAGAAAAGAAGAAUAAAGGUGUUGUCAGUGCAGUAGAUGGAAUAUCAUUAGAAGGGUUUCCAAGUGAAAAAAUAAAACUGGAAGCAGAUUUUGAAACUGAAGAGGAGACUGUGAAAUGCACUGAGGUGUUCUACUUCCUAAAGGACCGAGAUGUAUCUGUUUUAUCAACUAAUUACCAGUUUGCGAAAGAAAUAGCCAUGGCUUGUAGUGCUGCCCUAUGCCCUCACCUGAGAACUCUGAAGAGUAACAGAAUGAACAGAAUUGGACUCAGAGUUUCCGUCGACACUGAUAUGGUUGAAUUUCAGGCCGGCUGUGAAGGCCAACUUCUGCCUCAGCAUUACCUAAAUGAACUGGAUAGUGCACUGCUACCUGUGAUCCACGGUGGGACCUCCAACUCUAGUGUGCCCUUAGAAAUAGAGUUAACAUUUUCCAUUUUAGAAAACCUUUUUGAGUGAAAGAAUGUGCUAUGUUAUAUGUUGCAAACUCAUCUGUUAAAAUGAACCCCAGCGCUAAAACUGAAAUGUUACACUAAAUGUUUGAUAAUUGAAAUAUAUAAUUUUGCAGGAAUGAUUUUUCAGAAUCAUUAGCACAAUAUUUAAAUGUCUAAAAAUUUAAGGAAUCCACCAUUUUUAUAGCUUUAUGUUUAUUAUAAGAACUAAGAAGAAAAAAUAGUUCUUCUAACUUAAAAUUUAUGGUAUUUACUGUGUAACUUAAAUGUUAAGCCAAAGUAUCUGCACUUAGUUAUACCUCCUUAUGCCAAGAAUGGUUUUAAUGAAGGAGACACUUGUUUUGUGUGUAUGCUAGUGAGAAUACUGGCUUUGAAGUCUUUAAAAUGUAUUUCAGUAGUGAAGACCAGUUUCAAGAGUCUAGACUUCUGUUUAUUUGACUAAAGCUGAUAACUUAUUUGUAUAAAUGGAAUGGAGAUCUACCUCCAUGAUUAGAUAAACUGUUUGAUUAAACUUAGAAUUUUACCUUUAUUUCUUCUCAAAUUAUUAUACAUAUAUAAAUAUAUAUAUAUAUCAUUUUCUUGAUUAAAAUGAUUGUGGGUGCUUCAGGACUUUGUGCUUCUCUAUUUAAGUCUGUUGUUUCCAUAGCAACAUAUGAUUUAAAAUGUGUUUUAUAAAUCUUUGCUAAUAUAUAAAUAGGUAAUAUUUUUGUAUCACACUGUGUUCACUUUCUGCUUCUUUACAAAGUACACCACUGUAUUUGACACUCUUCAGAUGAUGACAGGCCAGAUGACCCAGGAAGUGGUCACUGUGUAGCAAUAACUGAAGCUUGAAACAGGUUUCUAUUACUCCAUGUCAAUCCUUAGGAAUGUCUUGAUUGAACCCAAUGUAUGAAGUAUAAAUUUUAACAAACUUGUUACUUUUGCAUAUUUUUAAUUCUUUCUAUGGCAGUUAUUUUUAUAAUGGAAUAUUUUACAUAAAGUUAAAGGUUGUGAUAGAGCCUUCUUGUUUAAUUCAAACAGCAGGAGAAAGAAAAAUGUCAUUUAACUUAUAUAAAAUGUAAUCAUUGUUUUAAUGACUUUUAUUAUGAGGAGUAUAUUUUUUUGUAUCAGAAACACUCACUGUAUAUAUCAAGAAAAGAAACCACACUAAAUAGCACUGUUUUAAGAAGGAUAUUUGUAAAACAUCACAGCUUGGAGAUCCAGUCACAUAUGUAACUCGGGAGCUAAGGUCUUAGAACCAGAGUUUCCCUCUGAAUCACAUGGACAAGCCAAAGGCAUAUUUGUAACAACAUGGUGUUACAAAUAGUAAAUAAAAUGGCAGCAUACAACUCACAACGUUUAUCGAAAUGAUGUAAUAUAAGGAUAAUAUAAAGAUGGCUGCUUAUUAAGCUCAUUUUGUUUCCUUUACAUAAUGUGUUUAUUUUUCAGUAUAUUGUAUACUUCCUUCGUAGUUUAACUGCACAAUUUAUGAAUAUUGAAUUUGCCAAAUAAUGGAAGGUUCUUCUGUGAUGAAGUAACUUUGAAUUUGUUUUCAAAGUGUCUACAACCAAUGAAAAUUGGAAUUCUAGCCUAAAUAUUAGAGGCACAUUUUACAGCAUUCUUUGGAGAUGGAUUUUUCUAAAUGCAUUUACCACUUGCUUGGUCAUAGUCUUCACAUUGCACUUAUUUGAAAUUUUAGUAAAGAAAUCAGGUGACUCCUUAUAGUCAGUCUACAACAUCUCUUUAUGGUCUUAAGACUUAAUGCAACUCAGUUUCUCUGUGUAUGAAACAUGAAGUGAAAUAUAUCUUGUUUUAUGCAUCUAUUGAACAGUCCGUGUGUCUGUGUGCUGCAUUUUCUCCUUUGGAACUAGAUGUAUGAAACAGAUAAUUAACAUAUAGGAACACUUCCUUGCUGUAGUGGAGAAGUGACUCUUGAGUGGGUGCAGGGGGCACUCGAGAGGAGGCUCAUGUCUAAGGAGGAGCUUGCAGCAUAGUGGGCAUUUGGACUGGAAAUCUUGAACACCCAGAAUGCUGUAGAGAGAUUGAAUAUCUCACCUUAUAAUUGAAUAAGUCUUUUUUUUUCUUUUGGUUUUUUGAGACGGGGUUUCUCUGUGGCUUUGGAGGCUGUCCUGGAACCCGCUGUGUAGACCAGGCUGGUCUCGAAGAUCUGCCUGCCUCUACCUCCCGAGUGCUGGGAUUAAAGGCGUGUGCCACCAACGACUGGCCUUGAAUAAGUCUUAUACAGAUGGUCAUGUAGAUUCCUGGCAGCCUAGGUUUCUGUAUUGCUUCAUAAAAUAAAAUACAGAAGGUUUUUAAUAGGAAGAAUAAUUUUGAUAAUGUGAUUCAAGUUUUAAAAUACUGUCUUGAAAUAAAACAGAAACUUCUGACUCA